AUGUCCACACGCAGAAGACGCUCCUGGAACUCCGGCAGAAAGGUGCUGUCUUCCUCACACCAAUGCCGGGAGAAGCAUACAAUAUCAGCCAGCUUCCCGACAGCAAACGCGUGCGUGCAUAAUUACUCUGACACGGUCUUCUCACCCGAGUUUUGGCAGCUGACAACCACUCCGAAAGUUCUGAUAGCCCAGACGGACUCCUGGAUCUGCAAUGGGGCACACGAGCACCUGAAAGACUUCCUUCAGUACGAUUACGUCGGGGCUCCGUGGUCUCAGUUCAGGACCCAUUUCUGCGCGAAGACGCAGGAAGGCAACGGUGGAUUCAGCCUCCGAGGUCGCGAGGUGAUGCUCCGGAUCACCCAGGCAUUCCACCCCAAUGGGCUGCCUGAGGAUGCACACUUCUGCAAUAAGCUGGAAAAAGAAUUUGAAGGCAAAGGGAAGUUGGCUCCGGAGAACGUGGCACUACAUUUUGCCAGGGAGCAACUCUCGGAACAGGAACUUUCAGGCCCGACCAUGCCAAGUGUAGGCAUCCAUAACCUAUGGCAGUUGAAGCCAGAGGACCUUCGGAAAUUCUUCGAGGGCCAGUGCCCCGGUGUGAGUUUCGUGAACCCCAGGCUGGAAGCUCUUGACAACAGCGAAGGCACCCUUGGCGAAGUCCUGGUCCAGAGAUGGAAACAUGAAGUCUUGCCCCGGAUGGUUGCCUUGCUGCAGGGCGGCGGCAGUGGCAUUCUGGACACUGUCAGCCUGAAAUUGAUGGCCAAGAUCUUCGCAGAGUAUCCCCUGCAGGAUCCGCUUGUGGUCAACUUCCUUCGUGGGGCAGCAGAGACAUAG